AUUGUUGUAAACAAGCGCGCGAGUUCGGUUCAUUUGGCAAUACAAAAACAAACGAGCAGAAGUUCUCCGCGAGUUGUUCAAUCGUUUGUAAGAGCUUGAAAAUUAAUUUAAAUAGUCACCAACGAUUGGCGCCAGAUUUAAAAUUCAAAUACGCGGUUAUCUAACUUAACCAGUGAAAAAGUAACAAGAAAUUCAAAAAAUAUAAUAUUGAGAGAUUUGUGAAUGUUGGCUGUAAAAAGUAAGCUCAGAGUGGCGCUUCCAACUUUUCAAUGUUGCAUGCUUGCUGAUUUGCUGCUUCUUCAUUAAAAAUCAAAUCAGCAAACAGCAAAAAAGGAGGGCUUUAAUACCAACGAUCAAUAUUUGAUCAACAAAUCAGCAAUGAGAGCGGACUGGCCUGUAUCUGCGAGAUACUACUAUUUUCAACAAAAACCGUACGAGAUGCGUGAGGCGAAUUAACACCGAUGCGUUAACACAAUUAGUUGAAAAGUGAAAAACGUAGGGGGGCAGGAGAUUAAAUAAAAUAAAAUCUAUAUGCCAUUCGGGAGUGCCGACAAAAAGCGGUCCAGCAAAUUUGCAACUUUACACUCGACGGGCGUUUUCAGUCGCGCUAUGAAGCUCCAGCAUCGCGGCUGAAUCAGAAUCGAAGAACACCAGAAAUACGAGUGCCAAAAGAAACACAACUUAAGUGAACCAAAAAAAAAACUAAAAAAGAAAAAACAGAGAGUUCUAAACGAUGUCUGAUUUAUUGAAAGCGCUGAAUAUCACGGGCAACCUGCUGGCAGGCCUCGAAGACACAACAGCAACAUCGACCACAUUGAGUGAAGGCCUCAAUGGCACGGCAACGACCUUGGAUGCCACGUCGGCGAAUAGUGGCGAAAAACUCGAUCUUGGGGGUUUCGAUCUGCCUGGGAACUACUCCAUAUUGAUCAAUAAACUCGAGCAGCUGGCCUUGGGUUUGGACUCGGCCCUGGGCAAUUUCACCAUCGAUCGCCAGGAGGUCGAGAUUAACUUGAGUGGCGCCGCCUCCGCAAAUGAUGUCGCCGAUGUGGCCGACGAUCUGUUCGAUGUACUGCCAGCGGCUAGGGCUCCUACGCCUCAUAUAGCACACGGAUCGAGAAUAUAUACUGGAGAUGAUGGACAGGACUUUGCCCAUGUGGUCAGCGAUAUCUGGAUUGGAGUUAUACUCACACUGCUCAUCGUCUUUGUGAUUUUCUUCAUUUGCGCAUGCUUUGUGUACCACAAGUUCCAGCAGUGGAAGAAUUCAUACCGUGCCAAUCACAGUGAUCCGACGAUUGAGAUCUGUCGCCGCUGUCCGCCGGACUACGAGGCAGAGUCGCUGCCCUCCUACACGAUUGUGUCCGGACUGCCCACCUACGACGAUGCGUUGGAGGAGUUCCGGAAGGCGGGCAUCAUCCUGACCCCCGCGGUGGUGCCCAUCAUCAAGAUAUUCGAGAGCAACGAGAACGGCAAGGAGCAGGCGGUGGGCUACAGCCUGGUGGAGACGAACGUGCCGAGCGCAGAUAGUGGGGCGGACAACAUAUCGAUUGCCUCGACCACCUGCAACUGCGGCAACUCGUCGCCCACCUCAUCGCUGCCCAGCUACAGUGCCGCCACAGCGGCUGCCCUGGCGGUGGCGGCGACUGCUCCACCCCAGGUGAUCGAACUGUCGCCGGAGCACCUGGCCUCUCUGUCCCAGAAACGCCUCUCCCUGCAGAUCUCAUUCAACAACUCGGUGCGCCGGCAGUCGCCGCUCAGGAAUCACUUGCUGCGCUCCCGGGCGGUGGGCAAUACCGCCGGAUUGGGUGGUGGUCCAUCGGAGGCAGGGCCCACUGUCGCCGCCGUGCACGGAUCGGGGAGUCACGGAGGUCAUGGGGCCGCCAUUCUGCCCGCCCUGCACCGCUCCACCUCGACCAUUUCACUGUCCAACGAACGCCAGUUGCUGGAUCAACGUCUCAGGCAUUUGCACCAUCGCGGUUCCCUCUACUAGAGAACCCCCUUCGAGCAUCCCAACUGCCUGACUAUUCCUUCCUAAAGUCUAUUCCUCAUGCUAUUCAAGUCCCACGAGUUGUUAGUUUUAAGACACAGACACAAUAAACAUACGUUAUUUUAUGCU